CUCUUCUUCCACGGCUGCUUCCUUGUCCCUAUCUUACCUUACAUCUCUGUGCCUGCCUGUUUUGUCUCUCUAAGUCUCCGGACCUAGGGUUUGAAAAUACCGCGGGGAUAGGAUUUUUUUACGUUCCACGGUUUGAGAAGCGCUUAGGGUUUGGGCUUCUGCCUUGCAAGGCUUCAGGACGAGUCAGGCGGUAGGGUUCGAGGUUUGGACAAGAAAUAGGGUGAGGGUUUUGGAGUUGCAGAGAUAGCCAUGGCGGAUUGGGGGCCUGUGGUGAUAGCGGUGGUGCUUUUUGUUCUGUUAUCUCCUGGAUUGCUAUUUCAGCUUCCAGGAAAGAGCAGGGUUGUGGAGUUCGGGAACUUUCAGACGAGCGGGAUCUCCAUUCUGGUUCACACCAUUAUUUACUUUGGUCUCAUCACCAUCUUUCUGAUCGCCAUCGGUGUUCAUAUAUAUACAGGGUAGGUCGCCAUGCUCGAUGCUAUGAGAGAGAAAGCCCCUGUUUAUGGCUGAUUCCUUGCUGAAAGUUCCGGUAACAAUACGGGAAUGGCCUUAAUUGUAAGGCCAUCUCUCUCUCUCCCUCUCUUUAUCUCUCUGUCAUUUUGUAUGUGUAGGAAGAGGGUUGUGAUAAUUGUGUUUUGGGUCUUUGCCCUUUCGAAUUUGUUGCUGUUUCCUUAGUUUGUUAAGUAUUUUUAUUUUUGUAUUAAGUGUUAAAGAAAUCUGAUAUGCCUCUUAUUGUUCAAAUAUUGUUAUGGCUUUUCUGGAUGAAUUCAGCAGACUGGCUAUUCUUUC